AUGGUGCGUGUUCGGGAUCGCGAAAUGGUCAUGAAGAAAUUGAAUGAUCUGGUUAAGGAUGGGAGUAACCAGUUAGUGGUCAUAUCUGAUUUCGAUUUCACUCUUACGCGAUUCUUCGACGAGAAUAAGGAGAGGUGUUUGAGUAGUCAUGCGGUCCUAGAUCACCUGCUCUUUGCCAUGCAUCCAGAAAUGGAAGAAGAGGUGUCGUGGAGUGCAGCGCAUGAAAAUUACAUAAUAUCAGGUAUUCAUCGCGAUGAUAUCGACCGCUUUGUCAUGGAUGCCAAGAUCGAGUUAAGACAUGGAGCCAGUGGUCUGCUGCAGCUUCUCGCCAAUGCUUCUAUUCCAUUAUUAUUAUUUUCCGCGGGAGUUGGUAAUGUGAUUGAUGUUUUUCUUCGUCAUCAACUAGGAUCAAUACCAAACAACGUGCAUAUCAUAUCAAAUAUGUUGUUAUUCAAUGAGAAGGGUAUAGCUAGUUCAUGUUCAGAACCGUUGAUCCACGUAUUCUGUAAAGACUCCUCAGUGAUACCCAAAGAUGCUCAGUUCUUUGACAACGUAACCCAUCGUAAGAACGUUUUGCUGCUCGGUGAUAGUCUCGGUGACUUACAUAUGGAUAUCGGUAUCGCUCAUGCUGGCACUGUGCUCAAAAUCGGCUUUCUCAACAACAAAGUAAAUAUUAUUUAUUUAUCAUUAGCGUACAAGUACAGUGGAUAA